UAGAGUGGUAGAUGUUGGUUUAGUUGUUGUUGAUAGAGUGGUGGAUAUUGGUGCAGUUGUUGUUGAUAGAGUGAUGGAUGUUGGUGCAGUUGUUGUUGAAAGAGUGGUGGAUGUUGGUGCAGUUGUUGCUGAGGUUGGUGCAGUUGUUGUCGAUGGAGUGGUAGAUGUUGGUGCAGUUGUUGGUGAUAGAGUGGUGGAUGUUGGUGCAGUUGAUAUUGAGGUUGGAGCAGCAGUUGCUGGUAGAGUGGUAGAUGUUGGUGCAGUUGAUAUUGAGGUUGGUGCAGUAGUUGUUGGUAGAGUGGUAAAUGUUGGAGCAGUUGUUAGAGUGGUGGAUGUUUGUGCAGUUGUUGUUGAGGUUGGUGCAGCAGUUGUUGGUAGAGUGGUAGAUGUUGGUGAAGUUGAUGUUGAGGUUGGUGCAGCAGUUGUUGGUAGAGUGGUAGAUGUUGGUGCAGCAGUUGUUGGUAGAGUGGUAGAUGUUGGUGCAGUUGAUGUUGAGGUUGGUACAGUUGUUUUUAACAGAGUGGUAGAUGUUGGUGCAGUUGUUGUUGGGGUUGGUGCAGCAGUUGUUGGUAGAGCGGUAGAUGUUGGUGCAGUUGAUGUUGAGGUUGGUGCAGCAGUUGUUGGUAGAGUGGUAGAUGUUGGUGCAGUUGUUGUUAACAGAGUGCUAGAUGUUGGUGCAGUUGUUGUUGAUGGAGUGGUAGAUGUUGGUGCAGUUGAUGUUGAGGUUGGUGCAGCAGUUGUUGAUGGAGUGGUAGAUGUUGGUGCAGUUGAUGUUGAGGUUGGUGCAGCAGUUGUUGGUAGAGUAGUAGAUGUUGGUGCAGUUGAUGUUGAGGUUGGUGCAGUUGUUGUCGAUGGAGUGGUAGAUGUUGGUGCAGUUGUUGUUAAUGGAGUGGUAGAUGUUGGUGCAGUUGAUUUUGAGGUUGGUGCAGCAGUUGUUGGUAGAGUGGUAGAUGUUGUUGCAGUUGAUGUUGAGGUUGGUGCAGCAGUUCUUGGUAGAGUGGUAGAUGUUGGUGGAGUAGAUGUUGAUGUUGGUGGAGUUGUUGAUAGAGUGGUGGAUGUUUGUGCAGUUGUUGUUGUGGUUGGUGCAGCAGUGGUUGGUAGAGUGGUAGCUGUUGGUGGAGUUGAUGUUGAGGUUGGUGCAGCAGUUGUUGGUAGAGUGGUAAAUGUUAGUGCAGCAGUUGAUGGCAGAGUGGUAGAUGUUGGUGCAGUUGAUGUUGAGGUUGGUGCAGCAGUUGUUGGUAGAGUGGUAGAUGUUGGUGCAGUUGAUGUUGAGGUUGGUGCAGCAGUGGUUGGCAGAGUGGUAGAUGUUGGUGCAGUUGAUGUUGAAGUUGGUGCAGCAGAUUUUGUUGAGGUUGGUGCAGCAGUUGAUGGCAGAGUGGUAGAUGUUGGUGCAGCAGUUGUUGGUAGAGUGGUAGAUGUUGGUACAGUAGUUGUUGAUGGAGUGGUAGAUGUUGGUGCAGCAGUUGUUGACAGAGUGGUUGAUGUUGGUACAGUAGUUGUUGAUGGAGUGGUAUAUGUUGGUGCAGCAGUUGUUGGUAGAGUGGUAGAUGUUGGUGCAGCAGUUGUUGAUGGAGUGGUAGAUGUUGGUGCAGUUGAUUGUGAGGUUGGUGCAGCAGUUGUUGGUAGAGUGGUUGAUGUUGGUGCAGUAGUUGUUGAUGUAGUGGUAGAUGUUGGUGCGGUUGAUGCUGAGGUGGUUUCAGUUGUUGUUGACAGAGUGGUUGAUGUUGGUGCAUUUGAUGUUGGUGGAGUUGUUAGGAAAAUCAUGGCAGAGAACAGUGACCUAUAG